AUCACCAAAAAUAAAAUCUUUAGGAAAAUUCCAAAACCCUUGGCUUGAAUGCAACAUACCCCACUUAAAAACCCUUACUCCGAGUGGUGUAAAAUUAGCGCGAAGAAACAGUGGUGGAGGAACCGUUUACCACGACCCAGGAAAUUUAAAUUUAACCUUUUUCACCUCCAAUCAAGACCUAAAUCGGAAACAUAACCUAGAAAUGGUUAAAAAUGCGAUUUUAAAACGAUUUGGAUUGGAGAUAAUCGUUUCUGAUCGAGAUGAUUUAAUUUAUGGGGAUUAUAAGGUUUCUGGGACAGCGGCUAGAUACACAAGAACGACUUCCUACCAUCAUUGCACGUUGUUAGUUAAUGCUGAUAAAAAUAUAUUAUCAAAAAGUUUACAAAAACCAAGUUAUUUCAUCAAAACGAAUGCUUCGCAAUCGACUCGAAGUCCUAUAAAAAAUUUAAACGAAUUAAAUCAAAAAAUAACAAUCCCCGAAUUAAUACAACCAAUAUCCAAGGAAUAUUUAACAACUUUACCUUACCUCAAAGACAAUUUUGAUAUUAAUUUAAUCUCCAACCAUAAUAUUCAUCAUGUAAACCCAACGGAAGAGGAUUACCCGGAAUUAUUAGACUUUCGGGAUGAAAUGAAGAGUUCUGAGUGGAUUUUUGGAUCAUGCCCAGAUUUUACAGCAACUAAACUAAUCAAUUUAGAUGAAAGUACCGAAAUUAAAGUGAAUUUUAACGUUGUAAAAGGAAUCGUAACUGAUGUAGAUGUAGAAAAUAAUUUUAAUCGGAAAUUAUAUUUGGAACUUUUUAAAGACCGAAAAUUCGAUGAAAAUCUAUUCGAGGAGAUUAAGGAUUGUUUAAAUAAAGAAUUAAAUCAAAGUGUAGUCCAUAAAUCAAUAAAUAAUUAGAAUAAAAAAUAA